AUGAAUUGGGCCCUCCAGCUGUUCCUCUUCCAGAUGACGUUUUUUGGGCAAUCAGCGGCGGCCGCAGCCGCCGAUGACCCGCACGGCGGUACGGGAGACUCGAUGGAAACGGCGUUCGCCGACGAUCCUCGAGCGCGAGUCAAAGCGCGCGGGAUUUCCUCAGAAGAAUUUGAGCAACGCAAAGCCCAAUGCCAACGAGCCGAAUUCCGGGACUAUACGGCGCAGGUAGCAGACGGGGCUCGGAUUUCGUGUGGCUUCGAUGAAGAUCGAGAAUAUUGUGGAUGGUACAACACCGGACCUGUUUUCUUCUCCAAAGCCCGCUACGACGGCUACUUAGAUAUGGAGCGCUUCGAUUGUACGAGUCCGCGAGGCUUCGCUUUCCAAGAUUAUUUUCUGCUGGCUGGCGGAGAGGCAAUAUUCUCGGAAGAUCGCGCCGCUAUCCAAGUGGAUAUUCCCUGUCAGCUCGGGACUGCCGAAUUGAGAUUUGACUUCUGGACGAACAGCUACAACGUGACGGUGAAGGUUUGCCAAGAGCUGACCGGGCAACAGCCGAUUUGCGAUUAUAUGGUGUCCCCGGAAAACCCGCUGAACGUCACGAUCCCAGGCUCCGGUGAGCCAUUCCGGUUAUACAUCGAGAGCCGGGGCCUUUCCGAAGAGGCCAUUAUUCUCAUAGAUAACAUCCGCUAUGACGGACAGCUGUGUGAAGUGACGGACGACGAACAUCCGACCGGCUCCCCGUCAACUCGCCCCAGCCCCUCACAUACCGACUAUGAGAUUGGGCCGAAUUCGAGUGAGCUUGGGGAUGAAGCGCCACAACUCAGCGGCGAGGGCCUGCCAUCAAUUUCCUCAAAUAUCCACCCCAUUGGUACACAAAAGCACUUUGAAGCUCCAAACAACGGCGGCGCGAAGCCGUUCUCCUUGUCGAUAACGCCGAGUAAACAGCCUGGGUCAUCAACAAGAGCUUCUAUCGAUUCGGACACUACGGGCCCUCGAACAGAAGCACCAUUAACCGACGUGGCCGACUACGUCAUCGGGCAGCACGACGUGGAUUUGUUAAACCAGGAAUCCACAACGCACAACGGCGCCGAUUUUGACUUCCAGCCCCAGCCGAGAACUAAAACUUUCCAGGAGCAGGAUGGAAACACUGCUACAACCGCUAAAUCCGAUUCCUCCGUGGAUUUCGAGGUGCUAGAGCCCGGAGAGGCGCCCAUAUUCACAAGCAGCACGGUUUCUGAGAAAGACACGAAAGCGUAUCCGAUUUGCCGCGCCCUCCCCUGCAAUUUCAAUGGUGGAGCUGGGUGUCACUACAGCAUGACCGGGAUCGGGAGCACGUCCCGCUGGCAGAUCGGCCAAAAAUUCAUCGGCAAUAAAUUGACAGGUGUACACGUUGACGAUUUCAACGAAAUGGCAAAUGAGCGGGAAGCUGGAUACGCCUUUGUCGGAAGCGACUACGAGGGGCUUCAAGAUGAGGUGUUCGUCAUGGAGUCGCCGCGAUUUGCGCAUCGCGAGAACAGCUACUUGGUUUUCGACCUGUUCCUUCGGUCAUUUGGGCCUCAACUAAGGGUAUGUAUCGACUCGUUCGACUAUUGCCCCUACUCCAACCCGGCCGUCAACAAGACCAAGUACUGGUUCGUCGACCAGCGGGUCUUUUUGCCGCCCGGCAUGAAGAAGGUCUACUUCAUCGCCGGCAAAGUGAAACGGCACCAUUUCCUGGCCAUCGACAACAUCCGGCUCCAGAAGGAGUCCGGCGGGGAUCCGUGCGCUAAUGACGACCCUACGCGACUGUACGACAGCUUCUUGCGGAAAUUGUUGAAAAUC